GAAAAAAAAGAGAGAAUUGACUUAGGGGAACAAACAUGGAAGUUUCAUUCCACAAAUUUAACUGAAAAAGGGAAGAUAGUUGCAUUCAACUACAGCGAUUCCGAAAAUCAUGAUGGAAACCAAAAGAUUGAAAUUUGUUUUCCUCCGUUCAGCGUACUUGGAACCGUAACAAUCAAUUUCGAGCUGCAGCUCAAUUCUCCUGAGCAGUGUGUGACCCCCCUUUUGUACAUGUCUCAACGAAACCACUUGCCCUUUCUCAGAAAAAUAAGCGUCUCAUUGCCAUGGAAAACCUCAAUGAGAAGUCAGUUUGAAUGGAAUCAAACCCAUCUGAAUUCAGUCAAUUUCCGAAAAGAUGUAGUUUAUCAUGAAACAGGAGUAGUUAUUUCCUCAUUUUCGUUUUCGCCCAUUGCGAUUCGCAAAGCGAUCAACAAAACUUUGAGACCCCUAGACGACUAUGACGAGAGGCGUCUGUUUGACAGUUCCAGGAUGUUUUUCCUGAUGAAACAAAAUCCUCGACCCAACCUUGUUGGUCUGCAUGAAUUUAUUCUUGACCUGAGACCCUUCUGUGAUUGGGCAGAGCAAGAUCAGUUUCGUUGGAAAGAGAAUUGGAAUUAUGAGCCAAUCAGCUAUGAUGAAUCUCAGCCAAACAUUUCUAUUCAAUUGAAAGAAGUUCACUUGCCGAACGCUUCAAUUGAGCUAUUGGACCCGUCUAUAUUGCCGAAAGAAUUUGAGUUCUCACAACCAAGAGUUGAAUCCGAAAACUCUGAAUCAGGAAACAUCACAAAGAUGUUUUAUCGCUUCCUAAACCCAGAGCAGGAACGAAAAUCCGACAAAAAAGAUUGCUUCGAGUUUUCCUUUUUUGGGAAUACAUUUCACUUUGAAAUUCUUAAAGAAGAGAAACUAAAAAACCUAUCCGUCACGCCAGCAAUAUCUGCAAGAGCUGUGCAAGAGGUUUUGCGGAAAUUGAACAACAAUUGGAUGGAGUUCCUGCGCAACGAGUUAUCUAUCAGUCGAACAUAUUCCAGCGAGCUCUACUGUCUGGAUAUUCAAGAUGCCGCCGUUUCCUAUCUGCGAGAAAAACCUCUCGACACAAUAAUAUUUCACAAAGAAAUGUUGAGAAAUAGCUACCCAGAAUUGAAUCAGACCUUCACUGAGAUAGAUCCCGAGUUCCAACAAGAAAGAAACGACAAACUUCGUCAAAUUACGUCGUAUCUCAAAAUCGUGUUUAAUUACGAAGCUACGAGAUAUGAAGAUUUGGAGCCCGGUUAUACUGAAAUAAAACAAGUCGUUCUUGGUAGAAUGGGAAUAUGGUCGCACCAAAUUGGUCUUGAGAUCAAAAAUGCAGAAGCAUUGGCUAUCCACAUGGUCAAUAUUGGAGAAGAAAAAUUGAAGACAUGUAUUAACAAUGCAUUCAUGCAUUAUGAUUUGCUUGGCCAGAUUUACAGUUUUUCUCUGGAAUUGCAAAAUUUCAUGAAUCUUGAUGGAGGUGACGAUGCAAAUUAGUAAACUCUCAGCUGAAAUUAAAAAAAUCUGUCGACAUCGAAUUAGUUUUUAAAAUUAUAUAUAUACAAAUUUUCCGUCAUCUAUUCAAUCUAGAACCAAAAAAAAAUUAAUAAAAUUAAUCAAAUCAUUCAAUCUGUAGUAGUUUCUUUCACGUAUAAGCAUUAUUGUCCCGACUUUCGAAGAAAUGCAGAAUAUAGAUUUUAGUUUACUUUUUAGAAUACUAUUUUUAGCCAUAAUUGGAUGUGUGAUUCAGAACAAUUCUACGCUGAUUUACUUUCAUAUGAAACGUGUGUAUAAAUUGUGCAACAUAAAAUUUUCAUCAAUUGGCUUUGGCUGUUAUUAGUUUCACUCAAAGCCACUCUAUCGCCUUUUAACAAAAAAUAUCGCAUUGUACAAUGCCUUCCUUCAUCGGUAUCAGUAAGGUAUCAGUUUUAGCCUUAUUAAAUUUCUCUAUAAAAUUCAUUGUGCUCCAAAGUGUUAGAUUGCCAGAAAAAAAAACCAUUAAGAAAUUGAUAUCUUACUAAAUUGCCUGUACGAUAACUUGACUCUAAGCUGUAUAUUAAGUUGCGAAUUUUUAAAAAACGGCUGCUAAAAGUCCCACUCAAAACCUCUGCAUCGCGUUGUAUUUGUAAAAAAAUUGUCGCAUUGUACAUUGCCUUUAAAUUGUGUAUUCAUCUAAAGGGUUUAUAUGAUUAUUUAAGGAAAAUUUUCAA